CAUGCGAGAGUAGGCGUGGACGUCACGUGCCCAGGUUCGAGUCCCGUCGCUGACGACUACAUGUAGCUACAUCCGUUCGGCUCGAUCACAAGUGUAUCAUCUUUAGGGCCAUGUCAGACUUCUUCAAGUCUGCCCUGGGUUACCUGAGUUCCCCCGGAGGCGGCAGUGACAAUGACUUUGUUGGACAACUCGUGGAAUUGGGAGAUAUAAAACUACGAGUCAAAAGAGUCAUCGCCGAAGGGGGAUUUGCAGUGGUGUAUGUGGCAGAAGAUCUUGCAAAGAAAAAAGAAUAUGCUUUGAAGAGACUUCUGGCAUCUGAUGAAGAUGCAAGCAAGAACAUCAUACAAGAAAUAUGCUUCAUCAAAAAGCUGUCUGGCCAUCCUAACAUCAUCCAGUUUCUGUCAGCAGCCAGCAUCAGUAAGGAGGAGUCUGACCAUGGACAGGCUGAGUUCCUCCUCUUGACAGAACUCUGCACAGGAGGCCCGCUGGUGGAUGUACUGAACAGACAGCAGGGUUCCCUGCCGUGUGACCAGGUGCUGCAGGUGUUCUAUCAGACCUGCCGGGCCGUGCAGCACAUGCACCGCCAGAAACCUCCCAUCAUACACCGAGAUCUCAAGGUGGAGAACUUGUUGAUCAGUAGCCGUGGUCUGAUAAAGCUGUGUGACUUCGGCAGUGCCACCACCACCAGCCACUAUCCUGACCACACAUGGAGCGCACAUCAGAGAGCCAUGGCUGAGGAAGAGAUGACCAGGAAUACCACACCCAUGUACCGUACUCCUGAGAUGUUGGACCUGUAUCAGAACUACCCCAUCAAUGACAGAGUAGACAUCUGGGCACUCGGCUGUGUCCUGUAUUUACUUUGCUUUGGCCAACACCCAUUUGAGGACUCUGCCAAGCUGCGCAUUCUGAAUGCUAAAUACACCAUUCCUGAGACAGAUGUCAAAUACACAGUCUUCCAUGAACUGAUAGACAUGAUGUUGAAGACCAACCCCAUGGAAAGACCAGACAUCAAUGCGUUAGUGGAAAGGCUGCAGGAGAUCGCUAUUGCUCGUAACAUCAACCCCAAGUCUCCACUACAGCUCACUGAGACCCGGUCACCGCAAGCCUCAGACAGAAUGCCAGAAGAGAACCAAGCCAAAAAUUUUGACUCUCCAGGCCACAGCAGCCAGGGGGAUUUGGAAGGUGCAUCUGGAAAUGCUCUGUUGGACAAGAUGAAGGGCGGGGCGGGGAGUUUCCUCAAGAACCUGAAGGACACAUCAAGCAAGGUCAUGCAGUCCAUGGCCAACUACACAAGGACUGACAUGGAUUUGACCUAUGUCACAUCUAGAGUCAUAGUUAUGUCCUUCCCAGCAGAAGGCAUAGAAGCCACCAUUAAGAACAACCUGGAGGAGGUGAGACUGUACCUGGACUCCCGUCACACAGGGCACUAUGCUGUGUACAACCUGUCUCAGCGUACAUACAGGCAUCACAAGUUCCACAACAGGGUGUCAGAGUGUGGCUGGCCACCCAAACGUGCCCCGUCCUUGUCUAACUUAUUUGCCAUCUGCAAGAACAUGCAGCAGUGGCUGAGACAGGAUCCCAGGAACGUCUGUGUUCUCCACUGUCUGGAUGGGAAGGUUUCUUCAGCGACUGUAGUGUGUGCUUUCCUGGCCUUCUGUAAGCUGUUCACCUCCCCAGAGCCGGCUCUCUACAUGUUCAGUAUGAGGAGGGCUCCUCCUGGCAUCGGGCCAUGCCACAAGAGGUACAUAGAGUAUGUGUGUGACAUGAUGGGGGAGAAGGCAGUACUUCCCCACAGCAGACCCCUUAUGCUGAAGUCUGUGGUGAUGAAACCUGUCCCACUCUUCAACAAACAGAGAAGCGGCUGUCGGCCCUUCUGUGAGGUGUACAUCGGAGACGACAGGAUUCUCACCACGUCUGAGGAGUAUGAGAAAAUGAGUGGUUUUUCAGUUGAAGAUGGGCGGGUGGUGAUUCCCCUGAACCUGGUGGUGACAGGUGAUGUGGUGGUGCAGCUGUACCACGCUAGAUCUACUUUUGGGGGCAAGAUGCAGGGCAAGGUGACCUCCAUCAAGAUGUUCCAGGUCCAGUUUCACACAGGCUUCGUGGAUACUAAAGCCUCCUCUAUAACAUUUUCCAAAUAUGACCUUGACGCCUGUGACCUUGCUGACAAGUACCCUGACCUGUUCAGUGUGACCUUUGAGCUGUCUGUGGGACAGGAGCCACAGAAAAGGGCUCCUGCCCCCUGGGAAAACUUCUCUGUGAAGGGCAGCAAUCCAAAGAUUCUUUUCACAGCAUCUGAAGAGUACUCCCAGGCCAUUGCUGAGUUUGGUAAAUUACAGGCCACAAGACAACCUUCAGGACUUCCAUCAGGUCGCACUGAGAGGGCAACCAUCACCCCCUACCAGGACCACUCCGGACAGGACAGCGACGCUUCAGACGACUCACCACCGCCAUCCGAACCAGCAGAGCCUGCGUCCCCCGCAGACGAGAUGGUAUACCCCGGCCGGUCUGCUGAAGAACACUUGGAGCUGAUGGAGGAUGAGGAGGGGUCAGAUGAUGAGUGGGCAGCGUGGUCAAAACAGCGGAGCGGUCAUCAGGCAGACGGCACUGACCAGCCCGGCGAUGGCUUCCAAAAACUUGCCGACGAAGAAGACGGCACGGGUAAUCCUGAACUGAACUUGUUUAGCACAAACUUCCAAGGUCCUGAUGUUUCUACAGACAGUGGUGGCGUCGAUCUGCUGAAUCUUGGCAGUGCGGAGCCGGUACCAGAUAUAUUGGAGAGGAGCGGCGAGCCUGACUUGCUUGGCGGUGGAUUGAAGCCAUCACAAUCCAAUGCAAGUAGCAAGAGGUCAAGUUUGGAGAACUUGAGCAACGUCAACCUGCUCUCGUCAGGACAAGAUCAGACAGAAGCAGACCUGUUUGACCCCAGAGGGAAGCAGAAUGGAGCACAGGUAGAAAACCUGCUCGGUGGUGCGUACGAUCCGUUACAGCAGGACAAGGAGAUGAUACAACCCAACGUCACAAAGCCUUCGUCGGGAACAUUUGACCCAUUUGCAGACUUCUCAUCAGAUAGCAAAGUAGACGGUAACGCGUUUGAUCCGUUCUCUUCACCCUCCAAAAGCCAGUCUGAGAGCACUCAGAAGGGCACUGAUGAUUUUUUCAAGGUCAUGGAGAGUGCGCCCGCCCAGGGUCCAUCUGAAACUGACCUGAUGGGUUCCUGGGGGCAGACCGGCCCUACUCUCACCCACGUGUCCACAGACCCUAACCUCCUAGGUCAUCCCUGGUCGUCCAACACCUUCCACCAGAGCCACUCACAGCCUAACCUGAUGGCCUGGGGUGGCGCUAGCCCCGGGAGCAGUGGAAGAAACACCCCGCUCAGUCUCAGCGGGAGGACAAGUCCUGUCACGACACCCAGCCAUCAGGCCAAACCAGCCGGCAAGGCCUACGACCCGUUCGCUGACUUGGGUAACCUAGGGAGUCAUCUAGGGAGUUCAGGAAACAAAAGCAACAACUUUUCCCCACAGCCGCAACCUAAACCGGCCGGGGGUGGCUUUGCUGGACUGGGGACCGCCUCACCGGGACCAGGGUGGGGGGGAGGCCAAGGCGCAAGGCAGCAGCAGCAGCAGCAGCAGUCGCCAUGGCAACAGCCUGGUCGACCAAUGGGAGGACAGAUCCCACAGCCAUCUCCACAGCAGCAGCAGCAAGCCUUCAAGCCUAAUUAUAACAUCAACCUACCAAUGACAGGCAACAAGGACAACUCCAGAUGGAACCCCUCUGCAUAUGGAGCCCGUCCGAAGGUGGAAGAAACAGCUUUUGAAGACCUCCUCUCCUCUCAGGGCUUUGCCUCUACUGCCAAGAAAAGUGGUGAACGUGUCUCUCUGAAGGAGUUGAGGAAAGAACUGCGAGCAGGGGAAACAGACCCUCAAAAGCUGAAGAUCCUGGACUGGAUAGAAGGGAAGGAAGGGAACAUCCGUGCCCUGCUGAGCUCCCUGCACACAGUCCUGUGGGAGGGGGAACACAGAUGGAAGGAGGUGGGCAUGCACCAGCUGGUCCAGCCUGACCAGGUCAAGAAACACUACAGGAAGGCCUGUCUGUCUGUCCAUCCUGACAAGCAUGUUGACAAACCAACAGAAGAAAUGGCCAAACUCAUCUUCUUUGAGCUGAACGCUGCUUGGGCAGAAUUUGAGGAGCAAGGUAGCAAGCCAUUGUACUAGGAGUCCAGACCAGAAGAGUGGGGAACAUAUUGCAGCAGGGCUGCUGAGACUGAGAGCACUCCAACAACUCUGGGGGCGGAAUAUUAGCAUGGGAGGGGCACUUUAUUAGGCCUAGGAAAAGUCAUGUUGUGUUUAUGGUUUCAGUCCUGGAAAAAAUAGGGUCUGUAGGUACAGAUUUUCUUUUCUAUUUGAAACUUUUUUUAGAUUUUGGCUAAAAUGAUCCAAGAAACAAAGUUAAACAAUGCUUCAGGACUGUUUCAAGGACCCGUCCACCUAUUGGCUUUUGGACUUAUAUUUCACCUGAUUUACUGAAGAAAAAAAUUGCUUCCGACAAUGCAUUAAAUGAUGUUUCAGAUUAUUCUGAGCAUUUGAAAUUCAGAUUUUAUAGCCUUACCAGAGGUCGAUAAAAAAAUGCUAGGGUUGGUCAGGAAACUGGAAACACAACAUUUUGUUUGCUAGGCCUUGUCCAUCAAACUUUACAAGGUGUCUAGCAUAUUUUUUUUAGCUGAAAGUUGGGAAUACAUAUUUGAAUGUAGAAUGUGUGCUGCUGGUAAUGUACAUGUACAUCUGCCUUAGACUUUAGAAACUACUGGAAAUAUGUACUGUACAAUAGCAUCAUUGAUGUACAUGUACAUUGUAAAAGCUCAAAUACACAACAUUGUGCAAGUAUUAACAGCCACAUUCCUCCCUAGUAUUUAAUGUUGUUGAACAUUCCAAUGCUUUUAGUGUGAUCUCAAAAUAGGAACCUAUGGUAUGAGUGUAUAUAAUUCUCCUGAAUAUAAUAUUUAGAAUGAGUUUAUUGUGAAAGAAAAUUUGGGGGUCAUUGUAUUGUCUAUCUUAAUAAUUAAUCAUUACCAAAAGUACACAGCAUUAAGAAAGUGUCCUGGCACAAAAUUGUGUGGUAGGACAGGUUUACAACAAACAAAAAUGUGAAUUUGUAGGACAGUUGUGGAUGUUUGUACAAAAUUUAGCUGCCGUGCAGAAAAUGGUGUUCAAAAUGUGUCGUACAAUUUUGGGAAUCACCUGAAAAUUUUAGGACUUGCCAACAAAAUACAUGCAUAACCGUCUUAUAUGUGAAGCCCUCUAUAGUAGCUACCAUCCUACCAGUUUUUUCACCAUUUUACACACCUGUAUCUUUCUGCAAUGACUAUGAAUAUACAGUGGUAUUCUAUCUUUUGACAGAAUUUCUCAAAUCUCACAGUGUUCCCCCGGUAGUUACAAGUCCGAAAACAAGACAAUGUUUUCUCAGCAAAACUCAACAUUUAUCAUACACUUAACCUGGGGUUUGAGCCUGCAACUUUUUACCACAGCCAUGCAACUGUCAUACAAUGUAAUUAAUUCUAGGUGUAGUUUUGUGUGUAUUUCUGUGUAUGUGAGGGUAUUGGUGAGUUUUGCUUCUCAUAGUACAGUGCAACAAAUGUGAAUCCUUCAUACUUUCAUCACAGUUUCUUUUAUUGGACCUGGAUGAUUAAUGUGCAGAUUAUACAUGUAUGAUAUGUCUUAGAAUGUCUGCAAGCUAUAUUAUGCAAUAUCAUGUUCAUGUAAACUAUAUUAUAGGAGACUUAGUCAGCAACAAAGUGAAAAUGCUUGUAAAGAUUAACUUGUUUAUAUCAGAUUAAGAAUUCUCUCUGUGAACUUGUAGAACUUUUACAUAUUACCAUCAUAAUAUGAUUGUGCACACCAACAUUUGUCCAGAUUGGGUAUUUUGUGCCACUACAAGUAUCCUUGCUUUUAGCUGCUAUAUUUUGCAGUUAAACAGGAUUUCAUGACACCAUUUUCUCCUUUUGGACAUGUCAGGCAUCUGCAAUGUCUCACAAGUGGUUUAUAUACUGUAAGUCUUUUUAUAUUCGCAGUACUUUUAUAUUCGUGGUUUUCGCGGGCCCUUGUGUACUGCGAAUUUAUUCUUACUGCAAACAAAUAAUUCCCCAACUUUCUUUCUUUUGCACCUGCCAUCACCGCGAAGAUAUAGUUCCACGAACAUCUCCAUUUUUUUCAGACCGAGAAGUUUUGCUACCGCGAAUAUAGAGUGAUUUACAGUAGUACAUGUACAUUAUUUUGUACAGUGUAGUCCAGAAGAAAUGUUAUAAUUUAAUCCGUAUUUCUUGUAAUAGAAUGAUAUCCCAGACUGAUCUUUGUUUAUGAACAAUAGAAGACGUGAACAGAUUCUGUAAAAAUGGUUUCCAAGGAAGAAUUGUAGAAGAGUUGCAAAGAAAGCAUGCUCAAUAUCAUGGCAGGUGACGUGUGUGUAGAUGUACAAUUUUAUGUAGAUAACUGCUGCCAGCAAAUGAGCUACUUACUUUCUCAAUGGAAGUUUGAUUGCUUGACAGUAUGAUAUACAUAAUAUACUGUAGAUACAAUGUAUUUCUUAAUUGUUUAUGGUACAUGUAACCACCAAGACCCCCAAUAUUAUCUAUUAUAUACUGCAUAGUCUCUUUGAAGCUGGAGAGUCCAAUGUGUUGAACAUGUGGAUGUCAAGCUAUGAAAUAAAAAAAGACAAGCAUUCAGAUUUAA